UGCACCCAUAUAUUCUGGAAUUUAUUAAAAAAACCGCAGUUUUCGACCACCCUUCAGAAAACUUUCCGAAUUUCAUGUAUGAUUUUCAUCAGUUCGACAUGCUGCAGAGCCUAAGGGUUGUGAACGAUAAACUGUUGAUAGAUGUAAUUGGAAAGAUUGUUGGAAAAACACCUCCACAGACGCAUGUGAUAAAUGGCAAGCCAGAGUUAGUAAAAGUGCUUAACUAAUUAAUUUUAACUUAUGGCUUUAGUUUUCAAAAGGAUUUAACCUAAUGGUCUUAUAUAGGGGUAACCGUAUACGAGGCACGCUAUGGAACAACUACUGCAAAGAAUUCUGUGACUUUUACGCAGAGCACAAGAAUGAAGCAAUUUACAUAAUUCUUCAAAUGUGCAGACCAAAGCGUUACCAAGGAUCGGUGUUGGUGUCUACUUCCUACGACAUAUCUAAGUUGAUCAUGAAUGGAACGUCAACAGAGUUUGAGGACUUCAAGGCACAAUUUGGACCAGAAAAUGAGGAGGUAGCUACAGUGACCACUUUCACUGGAAAUAGCAUAGGCCACGACAUGGAAGAAGUACUGAGAGGAAAUGCAAAAAUCA